AAAAUCCCUCCCUCCCUCCCUCCCUCCCCCUCUAAUCAAAGCCAGCCUUCCUUAUAAGUAUCUCCUCUCUGCAGCUCUAAUUAAUUAUUGCGCGCCUUGCAUUUCUGAAAGAAAUAUAUAUAUAGUGAUCGAUCAGAGUUAAGGCAGCUCUAACAUGGCCUGCUUAAAUAUUUGCAAAGAGGAAGGAAGCGUGCAGGGGAAGCUCGUGAAGAAGGAGCAGGAGGUUUGCACUAGGGAUGGAAGCGUUGAUCGACAUGGCGAUCCUGCAAUCCGGGGGAGGACUGGGACUUGGUUCGCUGGAAUCCUCAUAUUAGUGAAUCAAGGGCUGGCGACGUUGGCCUUCUUUGGGGUAGGAGUGAACUUGGUUCUGUUUUUGACAAGAGUGUUGGGUCAAGACAAUGCCGAAGCUGCAAACAACGUCAGCAAAUGGACUGGAACUGUUUACAUAUUCUCUCUUCUCGGCGCCUUCCUCAGCGACUCUUACUGGGGGAGGUACAAGACUUGUGCUAUCUUCCAGGCCAUCUUCGUCACUGGUCUGGUAUUGUUGUCACUGUCUUCCUACUUAUUCUUACUCAAACCGAGAGGCUGUGGUGAUGAACAUUCUCCAUGUGGAUCCCAUUCAACAUACCAGAAUGUCUUUUUCUACUUCUCCAUCUAUCUUGUUGCCCUUGGAAAUGGAGGCUACCAGCCUAACAUUGCUACCUUUGGGGCUGAUCAGUUUGAUGAAGAGGACCCUAAAGAAGGCCACUCUAAGAUAGCUUUCUUUAGCUACUUUUACUUGGCUCUCAACCUUGGUUCUCUCUUUUCGAACACCAUAUUGGGCUAUUUUGAGGACCGGGGCAUGUGGGCGUUAGGAUUCUGGGCAUCUGCUGGCUCUGCUCUUUUGGCACUGGUCUUGUUUCUCAUUGGGACUCCCAGGUAUAGACACUUCACCCCCAAGGGCAACCCCCUCUCUAGGUGUUGCCAGGUGAUGGUUGCUGCAACAAGAAAAUGGAAGGUUCAGAGGAUGCCAAAUCAAGGUGAUGAUCAGUUUGAAUCGGAUGUCCCAAAGGACGGUUCCAAAAAUGGGGAUAGAAAGAUACUACACACCCAAGGAUUCAGAUUCUUGGAUAGAGCUGCAAUUAUUACAUCCAAGGAUUAUACAGAGAAUCGCAUUCACGAUCCAUGGCGUGUCUGCACAGUAAAUCAAGUUGAAGAAUUUAAAUGCAUCCUACGACUCCUCCCUAUCUGGCUGUGCACAAUUCUUUACUCUGUAGUUUUCACUCAAAUGGCAUCACUCUUCGUCGAACAAGGUGCUGAUAUGAAAACUACGAUUUCGAAAUUCCACAUUCCUCCAGCAAGCAUGUCUAGUUUCGACAUACUCAGUGUUGCGGCUUUCAUAUUCAUCUAUAGGAGAGUUCUUGAUCCCCUUGUUGCCAGAAUAAGAAAGGACCCUAAGGGCCUGACAGAGCUUCAGAGGAUGGGGAUUGGUCUAGUUAUCGCAAUAAUUGCAAUGGUUUCGGCAGGGAUUGUAGAGCUAUUCAGGUUGAAGUACGCAAGAAAAGACUGUCCAAGAUGCGAAAGUGCGAGUUCUUUGAGCAUACUUUGGCAAAUUCCUCAAUAUGUUCUGAUAGGAGCAUCUGAGGUGUUCAUGUAUGUGGGGCAAUUAGAAUUCUUCAAUGGGCAAGCACCUGAUGGAUUGAAGAGCUUCGGCAGUGCACUUUGCAUGACAUCAAUAUCUCUAGGCAACUAUGUGAGUAGCUUGCUAGUAACAGUCGUAAUGAAGAUAUCUACCAGAGAUGAGAUGCCAGGAUGGAUCCCAGGAAACCUUAACAAGGGUCAUCUAGACAGAUUUUUCUUCCUCUUGGCAGUUUUGACAACCGCAGAUCUUGUUCUGUACAUUAUCUGUGCUAGAUGGUACAAGUACAUCAAGUUUGAGAGGCAGCAGGAAGCGGAUAGUAUAUUAAGCAAUGAAGAGGCAGACCUUAGAGUUUGAUCAAAUUCUGCCUUGCAGCGGGAAUUUAAGAAGGGCAGAAGAAAUCUAUAUAUAUUGUGUCAUAAAUAAAGUGAAAGCGGGUGAGGGAUUCAUGAUAGUGAAUAGUUUAAUUUUCAGCGAUGAGACUAGACAAGGGCAUUAUAUUUUUCACUUUGUCCAGGUUGAGCUCGAGAUAUUGUGGAACUACUAGCCAGUACCAGCCUGUAAGGCUUAAAAUCUGAUUUCAGAGUCUAAGAAAAACAAGAAAAAAAGGGCUAGCUGGUGUAAAUUUCGAUCCCAGCAAGCAGUGAUAUAAUCCCUUUGUAAAACCUUCUCAAGUGGCAUUUUGUAAUUUGCGUUGUUUUA